UCUUAUCACAUCAACAAACCUUAUCAUAACCUUGUUGCUCCAGUUGCUCCUCAAAUAAUGUUUCACAGUUUCAGAUAGUCUCAGUAAACUUUUGCUGUAUUUAAAUUAUUUUAGAGAAUGUUUUUCACCAGAAACUAUGCUCCAGGUGAAAUUACUCAGCGGCACCCCAGUAUUGUCGAACUUGAUUUGGAUGUUAAUAUCAAAAACUGCAGCUAUGAGGAGACAGUCUACCAGCUUGAUGUAUUCUACGGAAUCGUCAAACGGCAAAUUCUUAGAUUUCAAAGUCCCAUCACUGGCAUGUUUCCAGUUUUAUCAGAUGGCUCGGAGGUAGCAAGUGUCCGAGAUAGUAUUUACUGUGCUGCUGCAGUUUGGAGUUUGUAUCAGGCUUACAGGCGUAUAGAUGAUGACCGAGGAAAGUCGUAUGAAUUAGGCCAGUCUGCUGUAAAAUGUAUGAGAGGUAUUUUAGAAUGUUGGAUGAAGCAGGCGCCACUAAUAGAAUUAUUUAAAAAAAAUCAGAACAGUAAACAUGCCCUACACAGCAAAUUUCACCUAACAACAGGUGCUCAUGUCUAUUCAACAGAAGAGUACCCUCACUUACAGAUUGAUUCCAUCUCUUUGUACUUGUUAUUUUUGGUCCAAAUGAUAACAUCUGGCCUGCAGAUUAUCUACGCCCAAAAUGAAGUUGCUUUCAUACAAAACUUGGUUUACUAUGUUGAACGUGCUUAUCGAACUCCAGACUAUGGCAUGUGGGAAAGAGGCUCCAAAUAUAAUGACAAUGUUCCAGAAAUUCAUGCAAGCUCAAUAGGGAUGGCUAAAAGUGCCCUGGAAGCAAUCAAUGGGUGCAAUCUUUUUGGAGAAAAAGGUGCAUCAUGGUCUGUCAUUUACGUAGAUAUUGAUGCUCACAACAGGAAUAGAAGUAUUUUUGAAACUCUUCUUCCCAAAGAAUCUAGUUCAAAGGACGUUGAUUCAUCAUUAAUACCAACUAUAUCAUUUCCAGCGUUUGCAACUCACGAAGAAACACUAUAUAACCAAACAAAGAAUAAUAUAAUCUCAAAAUUGAAAGGCGGAUGUGGAUUUAAACGCUUCAUACGUGAUGGCUUUAAAUGCGUCCUUGAGGAUUCUAGCCGGAAGUUUUAUCGAGUCGGAGAAACAAGAGAGUUCGAAAAUGUUGAGUGCCAAUGGCCGCUUUUCUUUAUGUACAUGAUAAUCGAUGGAAUGUUCAAAGGGUCAACAGAGCAAGUUAACGAGUACCACACUCUGCUGAAGAAAGUCGUUCACAGGGAUAAUUACGGCGAUCCAUGCAUUCCUAUGUAUUUCUACAUUGCUGAGGAUUGCGUGGAGUUUGAACGAGCAGAACCAGGAAGUCAGCCUUGGUAUCCAAGCAUGGAGGGGAGUGGAGGGGAAGCUCCUCUUUUCCUGUGGAACCAAUCAUUAUUUGUCAUUGCCCAACUGCUCACCUCUGGUCUCCUGCACAUUAAUGAACUUGACCCUAUCAGAAGGUAUCUACCCUCCUACAACCGCCCCAGGAAAGGUGGCAGAUACUCUGCUUUCCAGGCCAAAGCCACAUCGAUUGGAACUGCAACUGACCUUGUUGUUCAAAUAGUUUUGAUUGCUGAAUCAAUGCGCCUGCAAGCCAUGAUGGCAACCUACGGCAUUCAGACCCAGACACCACACGAAGUGGAACCGGUUCUAAUCUGGUCAUCAAACCAACUGGUUCAGGUUUACAAACAUCUAGGAAUUAAUGAUAAACUUGGGUUAUCUGGUAGACCAGCACGUCCUAUCGGUGCUUUAGGAACAAGCAAGGUGUAUCGAGUAUGUGGGAUGACUGUCCUUUGUUAUCCCUUAAUCUUUGAAGUAUCGGAGUUUUAUCUUUAUCGAGAUAUGGCGCUGUUGAUAGAUGAUAUCAAAACAGAGCUUCAGUUUACCUCUCGCUACUGGCGUCUAUCUGGUCGACCAACAGUUUGUCUCUUGAUCAGAGAAGAACAUAUGAGAGAUCCCCAGUUUAAAGAAAUGCUUGACUUAAUGGCAAUGCUGAAGAAAGGAUACUGUGAUGGUAUCAAAGUUCAAAUCGGUCGACUGCAAAAUCUUAUCUCUUCCUCUUGUAUAGAGCACCUUGAUUUCAUGAACACAGUAGAUUCUUCUCAGAUACAGUUUAACCAAGUGAAGCAAGUCGAACAUGACUAUAUUGGCUAUCAGAGUUUGACUGAUGUUCCCAAAGCAUCAGAGUAUCUUGAAGAAAUGAAAUUAGUGACGAAUUUCCAAGAUAAGCCCACCUGUGAUCUGAUUGAAGCACUGAGAAAUUGUUCUGGUCUGUAUGAUAAAUGUCAACUUUUAGGAAUCCUGCUCAAGAGAGAGGGCCCUUCUUACGUUUACAAUGAUAUGACAGUGCAAGAACACUUGCGAGCAUUGUAUUAUCAUGCAGGCUCAGUUCAUUUUUGGAUUGCCAUUCGCUAUUGUAGUAGUCUUCUUCAUCAUACAGUUGAUAGUAUCAGUCCCUUCAUCACAAAUGUUUUAGUCAACGGAAAGCAGUUAACUAUUGGCGUUAUCGGAAGAGAGGAGACAGUCUUCGAUAAGCCCUUAACACCAGCUGAGAUUCAGUCCAUCAUUUACUCAACUAUUGAGCCCUACGAUAUUAUUCAGGCUGUGUUGCAGCAAGAGAUCGUCCUCUAUUGUGGCAGACUCAUCACUACUUAUCCAGAUUUAUUUAAAGGGAUUUUGAAGAUAAGAGUUGGGUGGGUGAUAGAGGCAAUGAAAAUAAUCUUGCAAAUGCAAGGAAAAAGCACAAACUCUUUAGAAAACCACAGUCCAUAUGAAGUUCGCCAACUUCUACAGAAAGUCCUCUCAGUCAGAGAAUGGGCUGUCAAUGAACAAAUAACAACUCUUGAGAGAAGGAGACUGGAAGGCUGUCUGUGCAGAGUGCCUCUCCUCUUUUACAAUCAGGUCUGGGAUGUUUUGACUCGCACACCUCUUGGGUUCACUGUUCAAGGGCACAUCCUUCCGCAACAACCAACUUUAGUCAACAUGACCCAGUCAGAGUUGAAUUUUGCGCUGCUUGUUGAAGAAACCUUGAACCAUAUUCAAUUGCCUGAAUAUAGACAACUCAUUGUUGAGCUUCUCUGUAUUCUAUCAAUAAUUCUGCAACGCAAUCCUGAAUUAACUUUUCGAAAACAGCUGGACUUAGAUGAGAUUGUCACUGAUGCUUUCCAAAUGUUUUGCAAAGAUAAUUACUUAGAAAGUGUCUGUCAGGACAAGAGUGUAUUUUAUUCAGCUAAACACUCCAUCACAACAAGCUACCUUGCCAGAGCAGUUGUCAACAAUGUUUUGACGGGAGGACAGCUUGAAACCUCCUCUUUAGAUCUAGAACAAGAAGAUGAUCGAUGCAGAAUUUCGUGAAGCUUUCAAUGUUCAAUCAUUUCUUUGUCUUUGGUUGUCCUUAUAAUAGUAAUACUUGAUUGUGGAGGAGAAUAAUUUUCCUUGAUUUUGUUAAAAUUUUCUAAAAGAAUUUGUACUUUUCUCUAGAUUUUGUGGUCUUUCUUCUCAAUUUAAAAAGGAAGGGGGAAAAAACUGUGCUUUGAAUCAUUCAAAAAAAGUCUUUCAGAGUAACUAAUUUUUUAUGAAGACGUAGUCUUUUUUUAAGUGGUUUUAUUUUUAUAUGAAUUUGAAAAGUAAAAAAUUCCAACCUUUCUCAAUUGUGGUGGUAGAGUUUAAAGCACUAUGUAGAAACCUCCUUGUGUUAGUGAUUGAAUCUAUUUCUUUCUAGUAGUUUUUAAUAAUUUUACUUUAAACCUACUUUAUUGAUUCUCAGAACCCUGUUUAAAGAAAGAGCUACUAUAAUCGUUUAAUCACUUCUCAAGUAAGGUCCAAAUAAAUAGCUACCUACAAAUUAAAUUUAAUAAUAAUUUAUUUUCCUUUGUUAAUUAUAUCUUAUCCUAGUAUUAAUUUAUCUAAAUACUCAAUUUUGGAUCAUUUUACUCAAAGUAGCUGUGCCCUGUUUUUAAAAUAGAACGAUACCAAAGAGAAAUUAAUCUCAAUUACUUUAGUAGAUGGAGGUCUUAUUUUUAAAAAAGAAGUACUUGUUUCAGGGAGCCAGAAGUUUUAACAAUGGACUCUUUGAUUUUAAUGCAGAUUUUUUUCUUAAAAGAUAUGUGUAUAAUUAACUUUUAAUUAGGUAGAGGUUUCUUACAAGGUGCAAGCACCUACUAAGUAGAGCACCAGAACUUUUUGGUUCAACUAGAAUCUGAGUCCCUCAAUUUACUUUUUAGCUCCAAAAAUUGCUUGCCUACUUACUAAUAGAUUUUUGUGAGAAAUUCUUGUAGCUUGAAGUUGUCUGAAUAAAUUUUAAUUUAGCUUCUCAAA